AUGUCAUUAAACGUUGCAGUUGUUGGUGCUACUGGUAAAACAGGUAAAGCUAUUGUGGAAAAAUUAUCAAAAGCUGGUCAUACAGUAACAGCAAUUGUUCGUAAUCCAACAAAAGGUAGAGAUUUAGAAAAAUUUGGUAAUGUUAAAUUUGAAACUAUACCAUUAGAAUCAACAGUUUCAAAAUUUGCAUUAUAUUUUUCCAAAAAUAAAUUUGAUUCAGUUAUAUUUGCAGCUGGUACAAAUGCUUUUGAAAAUUUACAUGAAAUUUUACAAAUUGAAUUAGAUGGUGCUUUAAAAAUUAUUGAAGCUGUUGAAGAAGUUAAAAUUCCAAAAUUUAUUCUUAUAAGUGCUAUAAAUUCUGAUGAUCGUGAUUUUUGGUAUCCAAUCGAAUCUAUAAGACCUUAUUAUAUGGCUAAAAGAAUUGUUGAUAAAUUUUUAGAAAGAGGUUCAUUAAAUUAUACAAUUUUACAACCAGGUCCAUUAGUUGAAGAACCUGGUUUGAAUAAAAUCAAGAUUCCAAAAGAAGCAAUUGCAGAAUCUUAUGAAAAUUUCAAUUUUGAAGAAAAUUAUUAUGAUAUCAAAAUUCCAAUUGAUGAUGUUGCAAAUGCUGCUGUUCAAGUAUUAAAUAAUGAAAAGGCUAAUAGAAAGAUUUUACCUUUAGUUAAUGGUGAUACUUCAAUUGAAGAAGUUAUUGAAAAAUAUUUAUAA